CGCGCGGUGCAUUGUGGGGCCAUCGCCCCGCCGCCCGCCCGCCGCCAUUUUGUCAGCCCCACAAACCGACGGCCCUUUGUCCGCGCCGGACCCCACUCGCUUGUCCUUGGCCCUUUCCCUCCGACAAAGCAACUUGGUGUGAAAGUUCCUUGCAAUGGCUCGUACAAAGCAGACAGCUCGUAAAUCCACUGGAGGCAAGGCCCCGCGUAAGCAGCUUGCAACCAAAGCAGCCCGCAAGAGUGCGCCGUCCACUGGUGGGGUGAAGAAACCACAUCGUUACAGACCUGGAACCGUGGCUUUGCGUGAAAUCCGGCGAUACCAGAAGUCCACCGAAUUGCUGAUCAGGAAGCUGCCCUUCCAGCGUCUCGUGCGUGAAAUCGCACAGGACUUCAAAACCGACCUGAGGUUCCAGAGCGCCGCCAUCGGGGCCCUUCAGGAAGCCAGCGAGGCAUACCUGGUUGGUCUGUUUGAAGACACCAACCUGUGCGCCAUCCACGCCAAACGUGUUACCAUCAUGCCGAAGGACAUACAGCUGGCCCGCCGUAUCCGGGGCGAGCGUGCUUAAAAAUGAAAGAGAAGAAAAGAAAAAUCAUGUUUUACCAUGGGUCUUCUGUAUUAAUAGUAAAGGCUAUCAUUUUUUAUUUUUUUUCCUUAUUCUCAUUCAUAGUAGGCUAAUUCAUCCGAGCAUAUAAUCUUCAUUGUUUCAAAGAGAGGUUUAGGUCUUCUGUAUUUGUAUGUCCCAAACAAGAGGAAUCUUUGUUGAGAUGUUAACUAACUUUCAGUGGUGUUUUUUGUAAAAUUCGUUUUUUCAUACCAGCAAGCAAUUAAAAACAAAGGGAGAAUUUAUACAAAGGUUUUGUAACAAAACCCAAUUUACAACUCAGUACACCAGGCAGGGACCACAUGGACCUGCUUCUAUCAGGCAAUCUGUAAGAUAUUCAUGACAGAUCACUAUGCAUUUUUUUUGUGUGUGUUUUUUCACUUAUAUUUGAUAAUUCUGCAUUCUAGGGGUAGGCAUGAUGAUUUUUUUUUUCCUAUUUCAAUAUUGCGUGUCUCAAAAUGUUUGAUCCCGAUCUUUGUAAUUGCAAAAUUUUCCCAUGAAAAAUAAUAUUAAAUAGAUAGAGAAAAAAACCC